AUGAACGGGGAGGUGGAAUGUAGCGUGUGCCAUGCGAAGGUGCCGGUGCCGCCGGCGGUGUCGAAGGCGUACGACAGCCACCGGAGCACCGUGUCGUCGCGGCAGCGCGCGCUAAACGUGCUCCUCGUCUCCGGCGAUUGCGUCCUCGCCGGCCUCCAGCCUAUAUUAGUGUACAUGUCAAAAGUGGAUGGGAAAUUCAAAUUUAGCCCAAUCAGUGUGAAUUUCUUGACAGAGAUUACAAAAAUUAUCUUUGCCAUUGUCAUGCUGUUCAUCCAGGCUAGACGUCUAAAGGUGGGAGACAAGCCACUCCUCACAGUAUCAAUAUUUCUGCAGGCUGCUCGCAAUAAUGUUCUUCUUGCAGUACCUGCUUUUCUCUAUGCUAUCAACAACUAUUUGAAGUUCAUAAUGCAGUUAUAUUUUAAUCCUGCUAGCGUGAAAAUGCUGGGUAAUCUCAAGGUUCUAGUAAUCGCUGUGCUUCUAAAGAUGAUAAUGAGGAGGCGAUUUUCCAUAAUCCAGUGGGAGGCCCUUGCCCUUUUGUUAAUCGGAAUAUCUGUUAAUCAGCUGAAAUCAUUGCCAGAAGGUUCUAGUGCACUAGGUCUUCCUGUUGCAGCUGGAGCCUACCUAUAUACACUAUUUUUUGUAACAGUUCCCGCAUUGGCUUCAGUUUACAAUGAAAAGGCUCUUAAAAGCCAGUUUGAUACCAGUAUUUACCUUCAGAACUUGUUUCUGUAUGGUUAUGGUGCGAUAUUUAACUUUCUUGGGCUUGUGAUCACUGCCAUCAUCCAAGGGCCCAGUAGCUUUAACAUUCUGGAAGGACACUCAAAAGCCACAAUGUUUCUUAUCUGCAACAAUGCUGCACAGGGCAUACUGUCGUCAUUUUUCUUCAAGUAUGCAGAUACAAUUUUAAAGAAGUACUCAUCAACUAUUGCAACUAUCUUCACCGGAGUAGCAUCUGCUGUAUUGUUUGGCCACACACUGACGAUAAAUUUUGUUCUUGGAAUUUCAAUAGUAAUCAUAUCUAUGCAUCAGUAUCUUUCUAACCAAAUUAAGGGCGAAGUGCCUAGCAGCAAAGUUGAAAUGGCUGAAGCCCAUGAUCACAGCAGAAAGGAACCUAGUUAUGUCAAUGUGCCUGAUUCAGUGGCAAGUGAGGCUAAACACCGCCAUGGAUCUGACGAGAGGCAGCCACUUCUUCCUGUAUGA